CACUCCCGUGAACUCCCUGCCUUUUUUCUAUCAAAAAAACUCCCUGCCUUAUCUCCAGACCACCACCACGCGCCGCCCCCAUGGCUUGCCUUCCCGCCUCCGGCUUCCUGCUCCGGCCGGCCACCCACCCAGCGCGCCGCCGCGGCCAGACAUCCCAUCGACGGCGCGACGCCCGACCUUCCUCUCCAACGUCGCGGCCCGGCCUCCAUCCUCCACCAUGCGCCCCGGCCUCCUUCCUCCAUGCGCGCCGCCCCCAACUGUCGUCGCGGCUUCCUCCCCAGCACACGUCCCGCCGCCGCAUCGCCCCGAGCCGCUUGCCACAGCCGGCACGCCGCCGCGGCCACCCCCACCGCCCCACUCCCAACCACCAGCCUGCUACCGCAGCACGCAUCCCCGACACCCUUUCACAACAGGCUACGCGAUGGCCCCGCCUGGCCGUCUCCCCCAUCUUCCCUGUCGCCGGCGAGCGAGGGCUCCACCGCGGUGGGUAUGACGGAGGCCCUCCCCUCCCCUGCAUCUCGCACGGUCCGUCGUCGGCUGGUACAUCCCUGCGUCCAAUUUGUCCGGCGGCGCCACCGACGGAAGUUCACAAGGGAGGGGCGCGGGAUUCCACAGGGUGGCACCGUCCUGCCUUCCCCGGCCUCCUCCACCUCGGGUGGCCACAUCGCACAGUCGGGCGGUCCGCUGAUAGAGUCGGCGGAGUUCACCGCACCCACUAUGGGGAGCCCAUCAACGGAGCGCAUUACUCCCUCUAACACCAGGUAAGGAACAUUACUUGAUCGAGCCUCCUAUGUUAUAUCUAAGAUGUGGAAUGAUGAUCUGGUAAUACUCCGUGGGGAUUUCAACAAUAAACUUAAGGUAUGCUCUAGAACUGAUAGGAUUACAGUCUGGCAAGCGACCUCCAAAUUAUUCAUUUCUUUUAGUUUCCUAUACUAAGUUGUCAGAUCUAGCACCAUUUUUUUAGUACUGGAUUGAUAUAUUGUUCAAGUGCUUUGUUUCUUAAUCCCAAUAAGGUGCACUCAUGGUUUAUCUGAUCUUGUUCUAAUGUUAUUGCGAGCAGCCGCAAACAGUGUGGUUAUGAAGUUCACUAUUUUAUCCGUUAGGCUCACUUGCCUAUGAGGAAGUUCACUAUUUACAAUAUGACAAGUCAAUCUAUCAGAAAGUGCAGUUUGUAUGCUCUUGUCGCGACAUAAGUUUUUUUUUGAUUGUUCAAUACUACUUUAGUUAACACAAAAUUCACCCCAUUUGCGCAGAAAACUCAUUUUUACGGGGAAGUACAAUAAGUCCAUGAUUAAAGAUCACUUUCUGUUAUCUAUGCACUUCGUACAGCUAGGGUGUUUAAUAAGUUCACUUCUUCUAAUUUUUGAAGCUCAUUUCUCUUAAUUCGCGUAGUUCACUUGAGAUUUAUUCGGAGGAUAACAAGAUCCAUCUUGAGGCAAUGAUAAUUUUGGUGCAGUUUGCUCUUUGCACAUUGGAAGUUCGCCUUAUAUAAAUAAUGAAUCCGUUCAUAUUUCUAUUUACAAAAGAUGAUUGCUGUGAUUGGUAUCUUAUAUUUGAAAAAGUACUAUAAUUUGCGAUAUAGCAGGAAAAAUAAGAAGUUCAUAUUGUUCACAUGUGAAGUUCACAUUUUAUAUUCCAGGAGCUCUUUUUGUCUGCUUGGCCAUUUAAAAAAAGAAGGCGUGAAUUUGAGUUGAUGUUGCACUCCAGUGAUAAGAUCGGAAAAUAUAAAUUCUUAAUGAUAUGCCAAAAUUUCGAAGAAGCUAUCCAGUUAGGUGCUGUUCCUUGAUUUGUGCAGUUCCUUACCAGAGAGGAUUUUCACGAG